AUGCGUAAUACUCUAAUCUUUGCUGGCAACUCUUGUCCAGUCCUCACUAAUCAAAUAUGCGAGAACCUUGGCAUGACGCCCGCUAACGCGGAGCUGACACAAUUCUCCAAUGGCGAGACAAGUGUCAGAAUCUUGACGAGUGUACGAGAAAAGGACGUCUUCGUUGUCCAAUCGGGAAGUCCUAAAAUCAAUGACUCCAUCAUGGAGUUGCUGAUAAUGAUCUCGGCCUGCAAGGGCGGCUCGGCAAACAAAAUCACAGCGGUAUUGCCAUAUUUUCCCUACAGCCGGCAAUCCAAAAAGAAAUCGCAUCGGGGAGCCAUCACAGCCCGCAUGCUCGCCAAUCUCCUCGGCGUUGCAGGGGUCAGACAUGUGAUAACCGUCGAUCUGCAUGCCUCCCAAAUGCAAGGUUUUUUCAAAUGCCCUGUGGACAAUCUCCAUGCCGAGCCCAUAAUUGCCAGAUGGAUUCGUCGUAAUGUCCACAACUGGCGCGAGGCUGUUGUAGUCUCCAAGAAUGCUGGAGGGACGAAACGAGUGACGUCUCUUGCCGACGCUCUGAAGCUUAAUUUUGGUAUGGUCACCACAGACAGAAAAAGAGUCACCAAAACGACGGCCAGUAUAAUCGUGAAUCAUCUCGAUGGCUUGGAUCGGCAGCCUGAGCUCGAACACGUGGGAAGUAUCAAGUCAACUACUUCAGAGAGUCAGCGUGAGGCAGGUGGAGACACAGCGGCUCAAGGCCACCACCGAGCGGGCGAACCCAGCGGUCCCCCCUUCCGGGCCGGUGAAAGGCAAUCAAGGCAGAGAGGCCCGCAGCUUGAUCCAUCGGAGGGUGAUGCAAAAAAUGCUCGCAAAACGCCGGACGUGCCGACGGGACAAGAACAAUUGUACGACGAUCGCCGAGCUCAUGAGGUGAUCCGCGGUCGGUUGAUUCGCGGUCAUGUUGUGGAGGACGACUUCCCUUCCCCAGCGCUGUCUGCAGCCGAAAACAGUUCUCACGAUGAAGACCCCAUGGUGAUGUCGCGCGCCUCAUCCUUUUUCAAUCAAGAGCGGCAAAUACUGGGUGGAGGGGGCAACCCAGAUGCAAGCUCUGAUGAGGAAGACAACGCCUUCCAGGAUACAAAAGAUGAGCGUAUGAUUACCUUGGUGGGCAAUGUCAGUCACCGCACUGUAUUCAUUGUGGACGACAUGAUAGACAAGCCGGGAUCCUGGAUCGCCGCUGCCGAGACCGUUGUCAAAAAGGGCGGAGCUAAAAGGGUCUUUUGCAUCGCGACCCACGGGGUUUUUGGUGGUGACUGUCUUGAGCAGCUUCAGGGAUGCGAGUGCAUCGACACCAUACUCGUCACCAACAGCUUCCCAAUCAACCAAGAGCGAGCUCAAAACAUUAGCAAGCUUAUCGUGCUUGACUUGUCGUUGCUCUUGUCCGAGGCGAUUCGUCGCAAUCACUACGGGGAAUCAAUCUCUCCUCUGUUCCAGCACACGGGCGACUGA